AGUGGUAUCUAUUAUGGCAAAAGGGAAAUUAAAGGAAACCACAAAAAACACAACUUCAGACGUAGCAGUGACACAGAAAAGUCAGAGCGAAAUGUCAAAGCCAGGGAAGGUGGAGAUGUUUUAUCUUGCAACUAUAGUUUUGGUCAUAGCCGUCUGCGUGGUACCACUGACAGCUGAAAUGUCGACCUCUGGCUUCUCUUAUCACAAGCACAGAGUCCUGAAGAUGGAUGAGGCACUUCUGAGAGUUAACAAUGAGUUGGACUCUGAUUUAGUGGUGUCCUGGGUGUCAGAGCGCUGCUAUCAGUGUUUGUACCAGCCGCUUGGGGUGGUCCUUAGUAAACCCGGUCCUGGUCAGCUCAGUUCAGAGGAUUUCAUUGUGGGCACUCAGCAUGGACUCACACUACAGCUCAAUAGUACUCCUGACAACCUGGAGCUCUGCACGGUUCCCUUCCACUUUGGGGAGCAUGGGAACUACUCUCUGUGGGUGAAAAAUUUGAACGACUCCUCAGUGGUCAGCUGCUCCAUAGUGACUGAUGCAGACCCUGUCAACAGCUACAUACCAAUCUUGGUAGCUUUUCUUAUCUUUGCUGGACUGGCCUUGGUGUUUGCCAUUGGAAGAACAAUAUUAGGACUUGAUGUAGUGAAGGGUCUACUCUUCCGAAUUGGUGGCACUAUGGAGACAGAGAGGCUCAUCAACUCUGAACUGGGCUCCCCUGGCAGGACAGUGGCACCAGUUACUGACAACAUCCUCCCUCCAUCACCCAGCCCCAGCAAAAGGCUGCGAUCUCUGGACACAUUCAGAGGGAUCUCUUUAGUAAUUAUGGUGUUUGUGAAUUAUGGAGGGGGGCGGUAUUGGUUUUUCAGACAUGAGAGCUGGAAUGGCCUUACUGUUGCAGAUCUGGUUUUCCCUUGGUUUGUGUUCAUCAUGGGGACAUCCAUCGCUCUUUCAGUCAACUCAAUGUUACGUGCAGGUGCGACUCGCAGCUCACUGUUGAGAAAAGUUGUGUGGAGGAGCCUGCAGCUCUUCAUCAUUGGCGUCUUCAUCAUCAAUCCAAAUUACUGUCAGGGACCAUUAUCGUGGAACAACCUGCGGAUCCCAGGUGUGUUGCAGCGCCUGGCCUGGUCAUACCUUGUUGUAGCCUGCUUGGAUCUGCUGGUGGCGAGAGCUCACCUUGACAUCAUUACAACGGAUGCAUGGUGGUCCCCAUGCCUUGAUAUCCUGCUGUACUGGCCAGCCUGGCUGUGUGUACUUCUUUUGGAAACCAUCUGGCUAUGCCUCACUUUCGUACUUCCUGUACCCGACUGCCCAAAUGGCUAUCUAGGUCCAGGUGGCAUUGGGGACAUGGGUCUGUAUGCCAACUGCACCGGUGGAGCAGCUGGGUUUAUUGAUCGUUGGCUCCUUGGAGAAAACCACAUCUACCAGACUCCCUCAUCACGGGUGAUUUAUGCGACUGGCAUGCCUUAUGAUCCUGAAGGUGUUCUUGGUAGCAUCAACUCUGUCUUCAUGGCUUUUCUUGGAUUACAGGCGGGAAAGAUAAUCUUACACUACAGAGAUCUCCAUACAAGUAUUGUGUCAAGGUUCCUCAUAUGGGGUCUCAUACUGGGAGCCAUUUCAGCAGUUCUGACUAAGUGUUCCACAGACCAGGGAUUCAUUCCUGUCAACAAGAACUUAUGGUCUCUGUCCUAUGUGACGACACUGGCCUGUUUUGCCUUUGUGCUGCUAGUGCUGGUCUACUACACAGUGGAUGUAAAGAAGUGGUGGUCUGGAGCGCCUUUCUACUACCCUGGUAUGAACUCCAUCCUUGUGUAUGUGGGCCAUGAAGUGUUUGAGGAGUACUUCCCCUUCCGUUGGCACAUGGCCAACAGUCAAUCCCACGCUGAGCACCUCACGCAGAACCUUGUGGCUACUUCCUGUUGGGUCUUCAUCUCCUAUGUGCUCUACAGGAAGAAGAUUUUCUGGAAAAUUUAGAAGCCGGGCCCCUUAAUGAUGGGGUCUUCAGACAACGAAAGCAGAGGACAUUGUUUACAUCAGAAUUGCUGGAGUUAUAAUCUGAAAACAUGGAAAUUGGAAAAGUGGAGACUUGAUUUAUUCUGUCAAAAUUAUAUGGACUCUGUCUCUAAAUGUAUAUGCGUGUCUUACUUCCAAGUAGCACUACUUUUUCUAAUUUUGCGUCACUACUUUAUAAUAGUGUCAACCUUUUUUUUUUCAAAGAUCUGAAGAUAUAAAGCAGCUGACCCCUGCCAAAUAUCUUAACUGACUCAGGAAGAACUCCACAAAGAAUAGAAGACAGUCAUUCUUUAAUUGCUGUUUGACUAUGUGUUACAUAUGCUGGUUUUCAUUCCUCAUCUUGCACCACAGACUGCAGCAGCAGGGUGUUGAAGUAGUGGUUUAACAAGCCCUUGUUGACUUCCCCCAGGGAGAAUCCCUGCUGCCAUCACAAGUACCACUGCAUUACUUUUAAAGCAGAAGUGAGAUUUUAUGAGACUGAAUCCCAGGUGUGUUGCCAGGUGAAAUGACCAAAGGAGGCUGUGAAUGAUAUACCCCGAAGUGAAAAUCUUAUGAAGAAUGUAUUAUGAACAUUCAUAUUGAUAUAAUUCACAAGAUAUUUAAGUGUGGCAGUAUGUAGAUGUUUUAAAACUUGAGAUUAACAGUAUAUACAACAUUUCAUUCCUCUGUCUGUGUAGUUUUAAUCAUCAUUUACUGGUAUUAUUGCUGAUCAUUAGGCCUGUGUUUUCCAUUUGCAAUCCUCCGCUCCCUCAGUCAGCAGGUGUCCACAAGUGUGACAUGAUGCUACAUGUUCCCAGGAGCUGAGGGGAAGUGAAGAAGGGCAUGUCAGAUGACUAUUCAAACCCACAGGAGGUUGCUUGCAGUUUGGGUAAUACAGAGUGCAUUUUUGAUGAGGUUUCCAAAAACAGAAGUCACAAAAUAGCCCCCUCUUUAAAAUGUUUGACACGCAAUGCCCCAUUUUAUGAUGCCAUUGCCAAAAACGAUUAAUCUUUCUCCUGCCAAAAGUUUGCUUCUUUUAAGUAGAUUUUUUUUUUCACUUUGGUAAAUGUAUCAUGAAUUUACACAAUAUAAUUAUGUAAUGCUACUGUAUGUUUUCUCUGUACAGCAGUGAGAUUUAAAAUAAUAUAUUUGAUGAUUUCUUGUCAUACCACACACGUUCAAUGUGCUCCUUCCAAUGAUUGGAGGUGAAUAUGUUUUAUCAACAUAUUUUGCAAAAUCAUGUUCUGUAUGUUAGAUAUCCAAAUGCUGUGAGAGAUUUUGGAAUAAUUGUUUAUCUUCUACUGUCUUCAUGGAUAAAAUUGUCAAACUUUUAUACAUUUAAUUUUUUUAUAUUCACCUUUGAAAAUAUGUUAAUAAUAAAAAAUAAUU